CCGCCGCCGCCGCCGCCUCCCCCUCCCCUUUCUCUCCGCGGCCGCCGUCUCCUCCUCCUCCGUCUCCACCACCCUUCAAUUACUAUGAUCUUAAUACUCCUCCUUCCAGAUUCCCUUUUCCGAUUCCCACUUUUUCCCACUAAAAAUCCACCCUCUUCCUCUUCCCACGGUCCCUAGAUCUCUUUAUCUCCCCUCAUCACCGACCUUCUCUUCCCCUUAGCCCUGUUCCUCGUUGGCCCAUCUCAUCCCCCAAUUCAUUUCUAGGGUUUCCCGUUCUAAUUAUGAUCACUGUUAUUGGGAUUCAUCAUUCCUCUUCUGCCUUCUUUUCCCUUUUUCUACUUUCUCUUUAUCAUUCCUCUCCUACCCUUUUCUUCCCUUUCCAAUCCCUUUCAAUUUCCUCCUGAUUUUCUCUGUAAAUCCUCCCAAUUCAUAAGGGUUUUCCUAGGGGUUUGAUUUUUCUAUGUGGGUUCCUCUCUAAUCCUCCUCUAAUCUUCCACUUGAUCGAAUCUCACUUACCCUUUGUGUGUCUGUUUAUAUUGUAUAUUGGGUGUUCACUUAUUUCUCUCUUCUUCCUUUGGUUCUUAAGUUUCUCCAUUAAUAAUGGCUUAUCAGCAUGGUCGGGGUCCUAGUUCCAUAUCUGGAUCAAGUUCGAGUUCUAGUUUCUUGAACUCUCCCUUUGGUGAUACCACUUACACCAAGGUCUUUGUUGGUGGGUUGGCUUGGGAGACUCAGAGUGAGACUAUGAGGCGCUACUUUGAGCAGUUUGGGGAGAUUCUUGAGGCUGUUGUCAUAACGGAUAAGAAUACAGGGAGAUCUAAAGGAUAUGGUUUCGUGACUUUCCGGGAUCCAGAGUCUGCUAGAAGAGCUUGCGUAGAUCCUACUCCAGUUAUUGAUGGCAGGCGAGCUAACUGUAAUCUGGCCUCACUUGGCCGGCCUCGGCCACCUAUAUCUUAUGGACGCUUAAGACCGCCUGCAGUGUAUGUUGGUGGCAUGCAACCCAAUAGGGGGAAUUAUAUUGGAAAUUUUGGCUAUCAACAACCGGUUUCUUAUGCUUAUCAGCAGGGACUUGCAUAUCCUCCUUACAGUUAUGCUACUUAUGGGCCGGAGUAUGUCUACCCGCAGGGUGGAUAUAACCCUUUUGUGGGUCAGCAAUACCUGCAGAUUUAUGGGGUGCCGGGGUCAGCGAGCCCUGCUAUUUAUCAUUAUGGACAAUUAGGUCAAACAGUCCCCGGUGGUCAUGGAUAUGGAGCAGUACAUGGAUACGCAAUGCCAAGUCCUCAGAUCGUGCAGUUUGGUGGACCUAAUGUCAACCCGUUAACAUCUUCUCCAAUGCCUACUAUUCAGGCACCCUAUCCUUCAGGGAUCCCAGCACCUGUUGCAGCACAACCACAGUUCAUUGUCCAUUCUCCUUCUCAGUUUGUACAAGGUAGCAGUUCUGACCAGACAUCUGGGUGAGGAGUUGAUCAGGUAUCAAUAGAUUGCAGCAGGACUUAGAGCAGCGGAACUGCUACUUGUGUGGCAGGCUUCGGAUCUAGCCUUGCAAAUAAUUUAUCAUGCAUUCUAGAGUUCACAGUCAUGCUCACCAGAGAAGUCGGAUGGUGUCGAGUCGCUCCAAUUGGUGGAGAAAGCAUAUGGAAGAGGUGCAGGGCUGCUCUUUCUCUAAUACCUUUGUUCUUCCCCAGUGUUUAUAAACUCUUAUACACUGCCAAUGCUCUGGAGAGCGGCAGGUCGUCAUGGAUUAAUUGAUGGGUGCUCAAAUCGGUUUUAAGCAUCCAUUUAGGAAUAAAAACGUGUAAAAAAGAAGUCGAAAAUAGAAUCAACAUAUGAUUCUUUUAUAGUGAACUCCCAGCAUUUUGGGUGUUGUAUAGGAAGUGUGUCUCUGGUGGCUUUAUGUGGUCAUGGGUCUAUCAUCAUCAUCAUCAUCAUCUUGGUACUCAUAUAUGAUAUCCUUUAAGUUCAUGUGCAUAUUAGUUGGGAUUUCUUUUGAGACCUGACUCACUGACUGACUUCAUAACAACGAAGCAGCUUCAGGUUCUAUCAGGAAAAGAUCAAAUUGCUGAUUUUUCGUUUUAAUAUCCAUCCAUCCCGCACUGCCAUAUGUCGGAUUGGGAUUGGCUGCAUCUGCCUGCAUCAGAGGAUGUAAAGUUUCUAGUUCUUCUUCCUUCACAAUGUUUAGAACAUUCUGUUUAUUCAUUGUGUUUGUUGUGGGAUCAUCAUUUUUUUCUUUGUUCUUUUUCCCCUAAAGGGGAUUUGUCGAUGGAUUCGAAACAUUGGAUGGAAGCGUUAGGAUUUAUCGAACCGUUAUUGUGAUAUGAUGCCAUGUUAGGUCCA